AUGGAUAUUAGAUUGGAACAAGAAGUUUUUUUAAUAAUGAUGAUACCUCUGCUACCAUCGACACUGCUGUUGCAAAGAAUAGAACUUCCCAAACUCCAAUUCAAUCUGACAGUAGUGUUCGUAUAUUUAACAACAACAAAUGAUAAUAAUAAUAAUAAUAAUAAUAAUAAUAAUAAUAAUAAUAAUAAUAAUAAUAAUAAUAAUAAUAAUAAUAAUAAUAAUAAUAAUAAUAAUAAUAAUAAUAAUAAUUCAUUCAAUAAUACCACUCAUAAUAUAAAUAAUAAUAUAAAUAAUUACAAUCCAAACUUUAAUCUAUAUUCCAAUACCAAUAAAACAAAUAUUGAUAUUAAAAAUAUAACAAAUCUUUUCAAUGAUGAUUUAAAUAUCAACAGAAAUGCUAGUGUUUUUGGUUAUACUAUUCCGUAA